CCUCUCGCUGCCUCUCAUCUCUCUUUACCGGUUGAUCCUGGGUACCAGUCUGCCGCAUGGAUUUCGAUCCUGACAAGUUCGAUCGUGACGAGUUGAAGGAACACCUUCACGAUCUAGGCGUCGAAGAUGGCGUUGACUACAAGAUGGAUGAACUCUUGACGAGAACGACAAAGAAUACUCGAACAGGAAACGAGUUCGGUUUUAAACCUGUACAAGUCUCAGUCGGCUCCACAGCCAAUGGGCAAUUUUACUCUGGUUUCGACCGCGAUGUAGAACCUUCGGGAUACGAUGCAACCUCUCAGGCCGAGAACCACUCGAAUGCUAGUUCCUUCUGGAUUCGCUUCAAAGAAGAGUGGUUCCAAAUGCGACUAUUCCUAAAAGAUCAGCAAGAUCUGGUUUUCAGGCCCUAUGAAUGUCGAAUUCGUUUCCGCGACUUGGUUCAUGGUGGCCUCCGCUUGAGAGCGAAGAGAGCUGGCUCCGAUCAACCUGAUCCUAGGCGUAUUACGGUGACUCUAAUCAUCCAGUCUCGACGUCCUCCAGCAUUCACGCACCGCCUUCCUAAGAUCCUCCCUGGCCCCGUAUACGAUCGUGAUGCGACUGAAGCGGAUUUUUUCUACCCAUGUGUGGAUGAAGCGGCUGCUGGUGCCCUCCAAACCGUGCAUGAUCCACGAGCGACGACGAAUCCUGGUUCGUGGUUCACACAUCAGAUAACAUUCUGCAUAACACUGCGGCAAUACAAACUGCUCUGGAUGUGUAUGGUCCGACUUCGUAUUCUGAGGAUAAACCCCGACUUCUUCCAGCCUUCUGUCCCUAUGAUUAUACAUAAACUGCCUCCUUGGCCCCUCAUAGCACACUCCUUCGCUCACUGGUCGUUUUCCGAUCGCUAUCUUCUCGAAAGUCUCCUCUCGCAUGGGACAAUAACGUUCCCAGAAGUUGACGAUGUAGUGAAGAUUAUCCAUGCGUACUAUAAAGACAACUCGACAAUGGUUUUGGAGGGACUCUUCAAGAGAAGGCGACGAUCUACCAUCGAACAUGAUCUCGGAACUGUCGCUCGUCUCCAGAUCAACAACAGCGCUCCGACCUAUUGUAUGAUGAUCCGGCGUUGCCUUGUCGCCCCGACCAGACUGAUCCUGAUGCCUCCUCAAAUGGAAACAUCCAACAAUCUCCUUCGUACCUUCAAGGAUCAUGCCGAUCGAUUUUUGAGGGUACAGUUCAUACAAGAGGAGAGCGAUCUUACAGUCACAAGAGAAACGAACGAGAUUGACGAUGCUCUUCAAGGGGGUAGGGGUCUCUUCGCCCGCGUGCGGCGAACCUUGAAGUACGGAAUACAUGUAGCUGGGCGGAAGUAUGUCUUUCUGUGCUUCGGAGAAUCACAGUUGAAGUCCAAGGGAUGUUGGAUGAUCGCGGAGAAGGAAGGUUUCAGCGUGCAGGGUAUACUCAAAUGGAUGGGUGAUCUAGACAAAGAGCGUGUCAUAGCUAAACAUGCCGCUCGCCAAGGUCUGUGUCUGAGCACCUCUCGUGCUAUUCCUCUAGAUCUUCAGGUCGAGUUCAUCCAUGACAUCACUAGAACCGAUAGCCAAGGCAAAGAAUAUGUGUUCACAGAUGGUAUGGGUGACUGCAGUCAAGAGGUGGCAAAUGUCUGCGCGAGAUUUAUGGGAAUAGAAGGGGACGUUUCCGCUGUUCAAGUGAGAUAUGGAACUGGUAUCAAGGGCGUUAUCAGCGUGUCCGAAGAUCCGCUGAUGAGGGGUAACCCCUACACACUGAGGGUUAGAGAUAGUAUGGUCAAGUUUAAAAGCAGCAAUCCUGGUUUGAAUGCCCUCAAGGUCGCCACAUAUUCGCCAGCUACACUGAACCGCCAGGUGAUUCUGCUCAUGGAAAGCCUUGGAGUGUCCCCCGAUACACUUCUAGAUAUCUUCAAAACGGAGAAGACGAAGAUCCAAGGACUCGAGGCGUCUUUCGGCCAGGAGCGGCUCAGCAGAGCAUCUGCCUUUCCUCUGGAAAAGGCUCUAGAUUCUGGGUUUAAAGACGACCCAUUGGUGGCGAGCAUUGUUCGGUUGGUUAAAUGUCGCCUACUGAGUGACCUGAAAUGGAAGGCAUGGAUUGAAAUUCCGAAGAGCGCAUUUUUGAUGGGCGUCGUUGAUCCCACCGGAACGCUCCAGGAAGGCGAGAUUUUCUGCCAAAUACAACCACCAAAUUCAUCACCUUCAGUAGUGGUAGGCGACUGUACAGCGUACAGAAACCCAUGUCUUCAUCCAGGAGACGUACGGAGUGUAAAGGCUGUGGACUAUAUGUCGAUGCGUCAUCUCAGAAACGUGAUCGUCUUUUCAACCCUUGGUCAUCGACCUCUUCCGAACAUGAUGGGUGGUGGUGACGUGGACGGCGAUUUUUUUAGUCUCAUAUGGGACGAUCGCUUUCGGCUGGGUUCUGAAUACGAGCCAAUGGACUAUACCGGGCCUACACCAGUCAAAAGCAUUCUCCCCGUCACCGUAGACCAAACAAAGAAGUUUUUCGUCGACUUCAUCAGAAAUGACCUCCUUGGCGCCGUGUGUAAUACCCAUAUGGCUCUUGCAGAUGAACACGGUCCAUAUCAUGAUGAUUGUCUCAAGCUCGCCGCACUGGCUUCUCAGGCGGUAGAUUUCGUGAAGACAGGCGUGCCUGUAAGUCACAAUGACAUCCCCAAAGUCGAUGAAUAUCCAGAUUUUAUGGGACCGGUCAGUAUCGAGCCAUGAUCCACCAUGUCCAAUUCUCGAAGGCAAAUGACCGUUUCAUAUCUCCUAGAAAUUCCGGAAGGAAGGCGUUUUCAAGAAAAACCAGGUCAAAUCACGACAGACCUCAAAAGUCUUAGGAAGAAUGUUCCGUGAGAUCGAUCCGGAGCCCGAGUUUAACGAGCUCAAGGAACUGAAGAAUUCGGUCGAUCCUCUGGAUCGUAUCGCGGCGUUGGGACCUUCGCAGGAAUACCAGCCAUAUCUCCGUCUGGUAGCGAAGGAAAUGCUCCACUAUGAUUUCGAGCUUACCGGGCUUAUGAGACGGUAUGGGAUCAGUGAAGAAGAAUGCGUCGCUGGACUCCUUCUGCGAUCUAGAGAUACGAGAGUCAAGCUCGAAAAGGAUUACGAUUUGAACAUUGCUGUUCGAGAAGCGUACACGGAGCUGAAGAGGCAGUUCAUAAGACACAUGCACGAGUGCAUUAAGGACAACCGCGUCUCCUCCGAACUCCAGACCGACCAUCGCGCAUGGGCACUUAUCUCAUACAGGAUCACAUACGAUCCCACAUACAGCCAGUACCGUGAGAUUUGCUGGACCGAGAAUGCGCAACCAGCGUUGGAUGGGGUGUGGAGUCAGGAGAGUCUAGCCAAAGAAGACGAAGCAAGCGAUGAAGACGGAUUGUUGCCCGAGCUGGAACUUCGUUACAGUUACCCUUGGUUAUUCGUCGACGAUCUGACGUGUUGGCUUCAAUCUCCUUGAUUAUAUUCC